CAUGUCCUUGACAAACGCCUGAUCAUUGUUUACUCAGUAAGUAAUGAUUAGAUUGGAGGAUUUUCCUCUUUAAAUGACAUCAAUUUGCAAGUAACCAUCAGUGAAUCAGACACACGGGACAGGCAGGCUGAACGGGAUAACAGCAAGAUGAAGUCCAGCUGCGUUUUUGUUUUUCUCCUGUUGGGACACUUCAGCCAUGAGACACUUCCCUGCCCUGCUUUAUGUAAAUGUUUCCCCAGCAGAGCAGAGGUAGUCUGUAACGAGGUUCCCCUCGCAGAGUUCCCAUCCGAGGGUCUCCCAGACAAAACCACCAUGCUGACCAUCCAGUUCACAAACAUCACCUCCCUCUCUGAGCACCAGCUCAACGCCACGCCACUGCUGCAGGAGCUCCAUCUCUUUAGAAACCAGUUGCAGAACCUCUCCUCUCAUCUUCUCAGGGGCGUUCCCCACCUGCACACUUUGGACCUGACGGGAAACCAGCUGAGCGACAUCCCUGCAGACAUCUUUAGCCACGCUUCUCUCCGUAACUUGGUCCUAAAGAACAACCUGAUCAAAGAAGCAGAUGCAGAGUGGCUUCCUGCUAACAGCAGUCUGAUCUGGUUGGACUUGUCUGAAAACCUUUUAAGACAAACUCCAACACUUUUGCUUCAGAGGCUGCCUCACUUGGAGAAUCUUGACCUUUCCAGCAACCAUCUGGAGAAGAUACCUUCUCAUUCUCUGGAUCUUCUGAUGGAGCUCAAGCAGCUAAACCUGCAGAACAACAAACUGCACACUUUGGAUGCGUCUGCAUUCCUGAGCCUAAACAACCUCACGUCUUUAUUUCUCGCUCACAAUCAUCUCAAAAAUCUCCCUCAAACCCUGUUUCAGGGUCUCAGACGGGUCAGACACCUGAGUCUAGAUAACAACCAGCUGAGCCACAUCCCCGCAGGUUUACUGGACCAGCUGGACUCACUGGAGGACCAGGGUCUGGACAUGAGCGGCAACCCCCUCCUGUGUGAUGGGAAGGUGGAGUACCUGUGGAGGUGGCUUCAGAAGAACAAGAAGAAGGUGUUUGAGGCAGAAAGCAUCACGUGUGCGUUUCCCCAGCCUCUGAUGGGGAGAUCAGUGUCGUCGCUAACGGAAAACCAACUCAAUCUUUAGUCGAGCUGAGUUAAACUGAACCCAAACAUCUGAAGAUGUCUGUAAACAUUUUUGCAAUAAAAUAAUAAAGAUCUAUAAUGAUGUCAUGGACAUAAGUUUGAUUUUUACCUUCAUUGGAAUUAUUGCAAAUUUCUGCAAUUUACAGCUUUGUAAUUAUCUCACAAACCAUGAUUUUAAAGUAUUAUUAUUGUAUUUGGCAGUCAAUAUGGAGUUGUUAAAGAUUGAUUAAAAACUGACUUUUAUUAUUUUUAUUUGAAUAAAAACACAUUCCCUGG